AUUCAUAUGUCGUUGGUGCCCUAGGCCCCAUUACUACCCUUCUCCCCUAUACGAACCCUAUAAAUUCACCAAAACCCUAGCCCCUCUGUCACCGGCCGUCACUUGAGAAGAAGUGAAAAAUGAAGUAUAAUCCGAGAGUGUCUAGCUCCCGUCGCAAGAACAGGAAGGCCCACUUCACGGCGCCUUCCAGCGUCCGCCGCGUUUUGAUGAGCGCGCCGCUCUCCGCCGAACUCCGGUCGAAGUACAACGUCCGGUCCAUGCCGGUGCGCAAGGACGACGAGGUACAGGUGGUGCGUGGGACCUACAAGGGCCGGGAAGGCAAGGUCGUUCAGGUGUACCGCCGCAAGUGGGUCAUCCACAUCGAGCGCAUCACUCGCGAAAAGGUUAACGGCUCGACGGUCAACGUCGGCAUUAACCCCUCGAAGGUGGUAAUCAGUAAACUCAGGCUCGACAAGGAUCGCAAGUCGUUGCUGGAUCGCAAGGCUAAAGGACGCGCUGCUGCUGAUAAGGAUAAGGGGACUAAGUUCACUGCCGAGGAUAUUAUGCAGAAUGUUGAUUGAUUCGUCAAUAAUUCGGUUUAAAGGUACAUCAUUGUCGUGUUUUGAAUUCGGUGUAUUAGAAAUAUAUAGAUCUAAUCGUUGUUUGAAGGGGAUAGAAAGAGAGAGCGAGGACGUUCAUCUUGGAAUUAGGGUUUUAUGUUACUUGGAUUUUUCUGGUGUUUAAUUUUUAUCAUUAUGAAUGGUAAUUUUUGUUUAAGUGAAUUUCAUGCUUGUUAAUUUGUUUCUGAUGGUUUGAUUAAUCUUUUGGUAUUGAUCCGCUAAAUCUAUGAAGUGGUGGGGAUUUUUGUUAUGGAAAACUGGGAAUAUAUUUCUCUGGAAUAGCAG